AUGUCGAAACUUGUCUUGGCCUUGGCAAUCCUUUGCCUUUUGGUUACUCAGAUCCUGUCACAGGAAGCUGAGAAUCGCAGGUUUUGUGAUCGCUUGACAGCCGAUUGUAAUCGACAGCAGGGCACUGUGGGCACCCAGGAUGAUACUGUGAAUAUAUACAAUGAUCAUUGCCGAAGAACUGAUCGAACUUGGCGAAGGAUAACUCGAUGCCAACUUGUUCGGGCAUCCUGCAUAUUGACCAUGGUUCGUUGCGAUAAUGUUACCUGCAAAAAUGUGGCUGCUGCUUUGAGGAAUUAA